GGCACAGCUGCGGGGGGUCAUUGUCCUGCGUAUAGAGUAGUCAAAUAUCUUCUUCCCGAAUGAAGCCGUAGAGAGAGAAAAUAUCAGCAAACGCACAGAUUUAGAGAGAGAGGGAAGGAGAAGGAGAGAAUGGCAAUGGUGUCUAACUUAGCCGCAAUUCAGAAGUAUUCACCGGCGCCCAAAGUUGUGUGCAGAAAGAAGGAGAGAGAGAGAGGAGGAGGAGGAGGAGGAAAAAGUCAAAACCACCCCUACAAAGUCAUUGAAAUUACGCCUCCCCCAAGAAGCCUCGCAAUUCGUUGCUUUCCGCAGAACUUACAAUGUGGGGAGAGCGUGACAAUUGAAGGCCAAGCAUAUACAAUUUCAGCUGUGACUCAUCGUUACCAGCUUAGAAAGGGGAAGUAUGAACCUAGUGAGAAGAGGCUUGAUGUUCUGUCCACCGGGAGAUACAUCUUGAACUUGUAUUUGGAAAAUUUACUAGAAAACUCUUGACUUGACAUGGACUUUUAAAUAAGUUCCAUUUUCAUGCAGAGUAAGGAGUUAAUCUAAGAUCAAUGUAUUGUGUCAUGAUCCUGUUUGUUACUAAUUCAUUUAAGGUUAACCUUAAUUAUUGAGCUAAACUUAUACAAACAAAUAUAU